ACGAAGACUCGGGACAUCGUUUCGCUCUCGAAUGCCAACUCCAAUUCCUUAUCUCCUAUUAUCGAGCAGUCAUUCAUUAUCAUCAGGAUUGAGGUGCAAGCAUAGGAGGAUGGGUCCUUGGAACUAGGUGUCCUUAUCGCUCAAAUAUUAUCCGAGAGUCUCGAGAACACCUAGAUGAGAAAGGACAUAGUAUAUCACUGCACCCUUGUCGAAGAGAAGAAACCAUGGAUUUCAAGCUUGUUUUAGGGCUUUUCGCUCUAACAAGUCUCUUGGGCCCGUGCAUGGUCCACAGUGGCAACAUUUGCACUCAAUGUGAUUGUAAGGUCGACCUAGUGCCUUACUUUGUGGAUUGUUCGGCCAAGGAUCGCAAGCAGGUGCCCUUCAACGUCAAUGUCAAUGGUGAGAACAUGACUGCCAUCAUGAUGGACUUGGAUCUGUCCAGCAACCGAAUCGAGGUCUUGAAUCCUCUAGCCCGCGAUCUAAAUCUACAUUCAUUAAGCUUGAAACAGAACAACAUAGUGGAAAUAAAAAACAAUGCCUUCAAGGAUCAACUGUUUCUGUCCUACUUAGACCUGAGUUACAAUCAACUCACCAGUGAUAUGAUCAAACGGGAAGUCUUUGAAGGCCAGUACUCUAAAACUGAGUACAAACCCUUGCCUUUGCUCGUGCUGGAUUUGAGUCAUAAUCGAAUCACAACGAUCAGUAGGAAUGCAUUCGAACAUUUGUUCCACUUGAGAGAGCUGAAGCUUGAUGGCAACAGUCUUCGAAGUAUUGAGCCAUCCACUGAACAUGCUCUCAUGUCCCUGAUGAACCUCAUGAGCUUGAGUCUGGCGGAUGCACUCUUGGACACAUUGCCUGAAAAUAUUCUUGCAGGCUUCUCACGUUUGAUUCGAUUAGACCUGAGUGGGAACCGAUUCCAGGAUGUUCCAAGCGCUCUGCGACGAGCCAAACACUUGACCAACCUAAACUUGGCUGGCAACCUCUUCUCCCAACUAGACCAGGGCAUGUUCAUCACAUUGGAACACUUGGAGAUACUCAAUGUGUCAUAUCAGAAAGAUCUGACUUCAGUUGGCCCAAAGACGUUUUCGUCUUUGAAGAAAUUGAAGUCGCUCUUUCUUCAAAAAAAUCCAAAACUGGACUUUAUCCAUCCAGAUAUCUUCGAAGAUCACAAAGCCGAAAACUUCUCACUGAAGCAUCUUCACCUGAAUGGCAAUGGUCUUAAAUAUUUGCCCACAGGGCUUGUCCCCAGUUUUAACAACUGGCAUGAUUUGGAGACCAUCGAUUUAGAGGAUAACCCGUGGGCUUGCAAUUGCCAUAACGAAUGGAUGUUCACGGCCUUGAUCGAUGUUAUCAAGAGGGUUAGUCCCACACUGGUCGCAAAUAUCAUUUGCCGUGAGCCGAAAGAGCUGAGGGGCACUGCCAUGGAAGAUCUGGUGCUUAAACCCGCGGACAUAGCUUGCCCAUCCCAUGAUGGAUUCAACGUGUACAAAGAGCAUUAUGGUAUGUUUGAAAAACGACGUCAUUUUGUGGAUCCAGGCACUCAUCAUGGACAUAAGGUUACGAUGGCUUUGGGAGUAGUUUGUUCAGUGGUCACUCUGUCUUUCUUGGCAAUAGCAGCAGUGUAUUUCAUGAGGAAACGUCAACCUACUCUGUAUCGGUCGCUUCACAAUCUCUCAUCCGGUCAAUCCCAGUAUUCAAUGGACGAUCCCCAACGACACGGCGACAUAGUCCGGUCCACAUUUGAGCGAAAUCAAGAUGACAUCACAAUUCGAUAAUCCACCGAUUUCAAUAUUAGGCCACAUAAGAAGCACUUCUCCUAUCCGUAUUUAUUUUUGACAUUGAUCGAAAACCACACCAAUCAAAUCAA